AUGGUAUUCGUGGAGAUCGAAAAUACAAGACUAAAACAAAUAAUAAAGCAAAAUCGAACUACUAAUGAUCCUUCGCACUCUUCAGUUUCUCCACAAAGGCAUAUUCCAUUGCCAAUUAAUGGCCAUUCUAAUGAAGAUGAUAGCACUGAUUCCGUAAAUCUAGAUCAGACACAGGAUACUUCUUCUAUUGAAUCAGAGCAAAUGCCUAUCGAUCAGGAUAUUUCAGAAGCACCUAUUAAUCAGGCACAAGAUAAAAGCAUAGCAGUGGAAGCAUAA